GAGAGACUUGAGAGAAAGAAAGAGAGAGAGAGAUGGCGAAGUUUAACGAGGUACAGAAGAAGAAGAGAGCGCAGAACCAGGAGAAUAAGAGAAGGAUUCACGGCGACCCAGUCAGUGGAAAGCUCCAUCUGAAGCAGCAACCCGUCUCCAUCUCCGGCAAACGCAAGCGCAAGCUCGAGAAAAAAUGGCGCAGGGACCAGAAAGAGGCGGUGGAGAAGGGCCUGAUUACUAUGGAAGAUGUCGAAAUGGCUGCUGCUGAUACCGAAGAAUCUGAAGGGACGAAGAAAGGUUCUAAGAAGUUCCACAUGAAGAAGAGCGUCAGGCUUAAGCAAGCAAAGCACAAAGGAAAGAAGAAAGGAAAGUCUUCUAAGCCUGCUUCUGCUUCUCAAGCUUCAGUGGAUGUAAUGGUGGAGUAGUUUGUACAGUUGGCCAAGAACAAGCCACAUUGUACUCGACCUCAUGUACCAUUUACUCCAACUCGAAAUGAAUUUUGGGCAGAAAUUUGCCAUCUUGGGUGCAAUAUAUUUUGUAAUGUUUAUCAUUGUGUAGGGUUAUCUUUUUCUUGUCUUUGUUGUUAACUUGUUAGUAUGUCGGGGUAGGAAAGAUCAGAUUGAAGAGCUAAUAGUCUAAUACUACCAGUGCUUGGUUAUUGUAAUGCAAAGUUUUGAAUCAAUUUUGUGCUUCUCGUG